CCAGUUUGCUAACUGGUAGAUUCCUCUCGUCAUGCUUGGUUGGUAUGAUGUCAUUCUUUGGGAAACCAAAAACUUGCCUUGGCAGUCGUGAAAGAAGUUUGAAGGACCAACUUUUGCAAGAUUGUGCCAAUUCGGUUUUAUCUCGCGGUCACCUUGAGGAUACCGACGAACUUCCAAAGAACUAGGGCAAAUCAGGAAUUGGCUGAAAUAAGAACCCGGAACAUCCAUCAACAUAAAGCUUCUCGCUUUUACUGGUAUUUCCGAGAAGGCAAGAUGGCGCUUUUCACGUCCAAUGUGUGGAACAAUGAAAUUGUACGUACAACCUCAUUUUUGGAAACAAACCAGAAGAUGACCUCUAAAUAAAUUCAUUUGAUCUAUGAAGUGUUUGUGAUAUAACAUACGCCAAAAGUAUGACUCUUAGCUUAGUCAUUUCGAAUAAAAGGCGUCUAACAAUUCCGUAAAACAGGUGAAGGUCGAAUGGAGAUCUUGUCAAAAGUAUCUCAAAUCCUUUCUUGGGGAAGACUCGGUAUUAAAUCCGUUCCAGUCUUCUCCGAGCGGCAGCACACGUCCUUGAAAUGGUUUAUUUAUGUUAAGACCGUUUAAUCUGACGCACACAUCUUUCUUUUGGUUAUGGAGAGGCACAAUAAGUCUUUAUCCCUCGUGCUCCCACAAACAGAAUAAGAAACAACCUUUAUGCCCAUUCAUCGGAAUACUUUCUUUUGAGACUUUCCACAAGCUCGUCUAGUAAAGAUAAAGCAUCAGCGAGGAGGCGACCCUCUUUACUUAAGCUCAUCCGCCUCCAGUUUUCAACAAACUCACAAUGUUUCCGGACCAUCAUACACAAGCCAAUGCAAUGGCACCAAGCUUUCCCUCCAAAUGUGGCUAUUUGACCAAGUUCACAUUCCCUGAGCCAAGUACAUAGUGCAUAAAUCUGUCAAGUUUCAGAGCGAAGGUGCUUUCUCCGUUUCCUCACUAGAAAAUCCCAGCUUUCCCUUCUCAUUUGGUGCUCAUUUCCCAGGUCAAAGGCCAACAAUUCAAUGGCCUCUAUUCAGAUAGUACCCUUUGAAUGACAUGAACUACGUAGGGUCGGUUUCAUACCUGGCCAAAGAUUCAAUUUUACCUGUGAAUGGCUGUUUUAAAGCAUGGUGUACCAGAACACAGCAAUUUGUCUCUUGACCACCCUGUUUAUUCAGGCACCGUCAUCAGACAGUCUCCGUUGUUUUGAAGGCUUUGGAACCAUCAGCGAUUUCUUCCGAAAGCUCCCAGUGGAUUGUUUGCGACCUACGUCUCAGCCUUUCUUUCCUGUUUGUGUGAAAAUCCAUUCCAUGGAUUAUGGGGAUCACGUCCAACGAGAAUGUCAAUACGUGAAUGACCAGGACUAUGAGGGGGUACUAAAGGCCGAACAUUCGUUAAGAACACAUCCUGAUCUCAACAAUGACCCAACGUGUUCCAUUGUAGAGGAAAAUGGGCGCCAAGUGAUCAAAUGCCAAUGUAGUCAAGAACUCUGCAACACGACGUGCGGCACCGGGCUCUCCUUAAUCGCUAUCGCUUUUGUAAUAGCAGUCAACAUUACUUCAUGCACAUGAAUGACACUUUUACUAGAGAUCCUAAAAAAAGGAUCGGAAAUUGAAAAGCGUUUUUCAGUGGGAGCCACAGUUCAUUCUCAAAUAAAAAAUAACCU